UCAAAUGCAGUGAAAUAGUUCCCUGUUUGCAAGAAGCCUUGAGAACAUGACCUGCUUGGCUAACGCCGUGAAAAGUGAUUUGUGAAAGGACAUGAGAAAGACCCCACGCUGGAUGCUGCAUAGGCUCACCAAGGCACGCUUUGGUGCAGUUUGCCAAGUGAUAAUUCCAGGAAAUCUCAUGAAGAUCCCAUCAUGGGGGCGGCAGCUGGCGAGUGCGAGGUGAUGUGAGUCUGCAGCACGCCUGCUCCAGUGAAGCUCUCCAGGCUGUGAGAGGAAAAGCUGUGCAAGGGGGAAGAAGAAGCAGCAGGGAUUUCGUAAUGAGCACAUUGCUCCCUGCCACAGAAAGAGCCGGCCCUGCUUGCUGGAGCCAGCCAAGCAGGACAGCAUAUAACAGGAAUUGGCAUGAUGGGCUGCUGGAGGAUGAGGAUGAUCGCUACAACUGGACUGACUGUGAAGCCGGUGACUUGAGCAAAGUCCUUGCCACGAUGCUCAUCUGCCUCUGUGGGCUGGUGGGGAAUGGGGCUGUCCUCCGGUUCCUCGGCUCCCGCGUCUGCAGAAACUCCACCAUCAUCUACAUCCUAAGCCUGGCCAUCGCCGACCUCACCUUCCUCCUCUCCAUUGCCAUUGCCCUUGUGAUAUUUUACAGCUCAGAGAGCCUUUGUCACAGCCUGGGCUCACGGGACAUGACCACUCUGUUGAACACCACCAUCCUCUUCACUUUCACCACCAGCAUCUACCUCCGGACAGCCUUCAGUGCCAUGAUGUCUCUGUCCAUCCUCCCCCCGGCUCGCUGCCCCUGCCACCUUUCCCAGCACUUGCCAGUGCUCGUGUGUGCCCUGCUUUGGGCCCUCUCCUUCCUGCUCACCGUGACCCUCCACUUCCGCCCCGCGGCGCUCAUUGUCUUCGUCUCGAGCUACCUCUUAUCGGUGCUGAUCCUGAUUUUUUCUGGCCUAAUCCUGCUUGUCAGGGUCUUGUGCUGUUCAUGGCAAUAUCCCCCAGGGAAGCUCUGUGUUGUGGCCCUGCUAGCUGUCUUCUUCUUCCCCUUCUUCACUGCUGACUUUGGUUACUGGCUCUUGCUAAGACUGUUCGAUUUUUCUGUGUUUGUCUUUGAUGCCUCUCUCCCGUUUGCCUGCGUGAACAGCAGUAUCAACCCUGUUAUUUACUUUGUGGUUGGGAGCUGUGCAAAGAGGUUCACGCUCUCUGUUAGGGUUGCUUUCCAGGGGGCUUUUGAAGAUGUAACAGAGUCCCAAAACAGAGGUGAAGCUCCCAGAGAAGACACAGUAGAAACAUCUGUUUAAACCUCUGCAGCCCCUCCCUGAGAGAAGGUGCUGUAGGGAUGGAGGUGUCCCGUGAGCCGGGGUGCGAGAAGGAAGAUGGCUUCGGUGCGGGUCUGGCUGCAGCUGAAUGCAAUGAGCUGCAGCACAACAAAAUGUGCUGGGUGGCAUGGGAACUCCUGCCUGGUGUGGACACUGGACGGCGUGAUGAAAUUCCCAUCGAAAGCUUUUGCUUU